UGCAAUUUGCGAAAGAGGUAAAUGGGAGAAAUAAAGAUAGUAAACAAGGAGUGCAUGCUGCAGGUGGGCCAAUGGGAGGCGGCGUGAGAGAGCGCCUGGGACCGCUGGUACACUGGCAACUCCGAUACCAACCAUCCUGGCGAACAUAUCACCAAUAUUUUCCCAGUUUUGGGAAAAGCUCAGCUACAAAAUGAAAAUGAUGAACCACAACAGCAUGAACAGAUUAGAGAUGAUGUGAAACUACUGAGAAGAAUAGAAAUUGAAGAGGAAUAGAAAUUGAAGAACUGCACGAGGACAUGGACAAGCUGCAGGAGUGGUCCAACAAGUGGCUACUCGAGUUCAACCCUAACAAGUGCAAGUUGACCAAAGUGUUUUCGGACGACGAGGCCUUGAUAAAUAAGAAAGUCCCACGUGAGCUCUUGUUACAAGUAUUUUCAUAUCUGGAUGUUGUCUCUCUUUGCCGAUGUGCACAAGUAUCUCAUUAUUGGCAUGUGUUGGCUCUAGACGGCUCAAACUGGCAACGUAUUGAUCUCUUCAACUUUCAGACAGAUAUCGAGGGGAGAGUGGUGGAAAAUAUUGGCAGAAGAUGUGGUGGAUUCCUGAAACAGCUCUCUUUACGGGGCUGCCAGAGUGUCAACGAUGCAGCCCUCGUUACUUUUGCCGAAAUGUGCAACAAUAUAGAAGAACUUAAUCUUAAUUACUGCAAGAAUAUUACAGACAAAACGUGUACGGCACUCAGCAGACACUGUCCACGGUUAGUACGGCUAAACUUAGACUCGUGUGCUCAGAUUGGUGACGUCUCCCUCAAAGCACUUAGUGAUGGUUGUCCGCACCUGGAGUGGAUCAACGUUUCUUGGUGUGAUAACAUUACACAGAAUGGUGUGGAUGCCUUAGCGCAUGGUUGUCCAAAGUUAAAAGGUUUUGUUGGAAAAGGGUUGAAGGCACUCACAGACCCAGCGCUCAUCUCUCUUGCACAGUACUGUAAAGACCUUGAACACAUAAAUUUACACGGAUGCUCGGCAAUCAGUGACAGAGGUGUGGUGGCACUGGCAGAAAACUGUAUAAUGAUACGGUACCUGUGUUUGAGUAAUUGUAUGCACUUAACGGAUACCAGUUUAGUAAUUCUCUCACAACACUGCACGCAACUUGAGACCCUGGAAGUAGCCGCCUGCUCACAGUUCACCGACAAUGGCUUCCAAGCUUUAGCUCGGACUUGUCACAUGUUGGAAAAGAUAGAUCUUGAAGAUUGUGUAUUGAUCACCGACGCUACGUUAAACCAUCUGGCCUCUGGAUGUCCCCGAUUAGAAAAACUUAGCCUGUCUCAUUGUGAACUGAUCACAGACGAAGGUAUCCGACACCUGGGUGUCUCUGCUUGUUCUACAGAACAUUUGUCAGUAUUGGAGUUGGACAACUGCCCUCUCAUUACGGAUGCAUCCUUAGACCACCUCUUGUCCUGCCAUAAUCUUCAGCGAAUUGAACUCUAUGACUGUCAGCUCAUAACUCGAGCAGGCAUCAAGAGACUGAAGAGCCACUUACCGAAUAUCAAAGUGCAUGCGUACUUUGCCCCUCAGACACCACAGCCCGCAGAGGGCAGGUCGCGGCAACGAUAUUGUCGGUGCUGUGUCAUUCUCUGAGGUUUAUGGGACAAAAUCCUCCAGAUGUUUUCUCUGGGGUUGGGGAAAAGAGUAGUUGCCCCAGAUCAAUGGAAGGUUGAGUUACAACUAUUAUCAUCGUGAGAGGAAUUACUCUUCAGGUCAGAGUGUGACCAUUUUCUUCCGCCCCCCCCCCCCCAUUGUGGUGUCCAGGCCCCUCUGUAGUCUCAUAAGACUUACAGUGGAGUGAAGACUUGCACAGGCAUUCAUUAUUUGGCUUCAGUGACCUUUAAGUAAAAUAAACAAACUCUGGCAUUGAAAACUACAGCAGAUUUGCUGCUGCUGAUCCUGAAAUCACUUAAGUAAAAACACAGAUGUUAGUCAUUGUAAUUGCCGGCUAGCUAAUUGGUAGAUAGGAUCCAUUUGCUAUUUAUAAUUUGCCAAAGCCUUUCUCUGAAGACCAUGGGUCUCCUAGAAGGUUGGGUUUUUGCCAAGUGUCAGUGAAAACUGGAAAUAAUUCCCAUUUUUGUACGGUGUCACCCACCUUUCAUUGUGUUUCCUGCCAGUCAUAAGAUAAUAAAUAUGUGUGCUUCACUAGUGACACUGUUUGGCCAGGCUGUGUAAAAUGUGUAACGAGAUGAGAAUGUGCAAUUCAAAGUCCUAGUUAAGUUUCCAUAAGACAGGUUUCCUUUAUGUUAUAUGAAAUAAUGAUCUGAAAAUGAAAUAUUAGGUUGUUAAAGUUUACAUAAUAUAUAAUUAUUAUAUUAUUAAGCCAGUAAUUAAGGUAAAAUGCAUUUUAAUUGUUAACCAAAAGUGUGGUUAAAGUUAUUUAUUUUUACAGAAAAGUACUGUAUAUCCUUGUUUAUAAUUUAUUGCCUUAGCAUUUCUUGCACAAAAUAUAAGCCAAGUGUUUUUAGGGUUUUCAAAAUUGUUGUUCUGGCAAUGGUUAAGAUUGACUCCUAGAGGGCAUAUUAGGAGGAGAACAAGACUUAUGGAGAGAGUAGCUAGGACUUAGUUACUUGUCACGAAGCCUCGAUAUUUGUAUGCCACGAGGAAAUACACUCUCCACUUGAUCUUUUAUUCUGUGAUUCAAGUAUAAUUUUUUUUUUAAAAGGUUGCCUGUGCCAGGCAAAUAACAGUGGUCAUUUUUUAAUGCUCAUGUUUUUAGAUAGGUUUAGAAAUUGUGUUUAUUGCCAGAUGUAUUCACUUUCACAUGUGCAUGCAUGGGUGUACAUACAUUGGGUGUACAUACAUGCAUCUGCAUACAUAAAUAUACACACAUGCAUGUGUAUGUGUGUACAUGUGCACACACAUGCUGUAUAUAUAUCCAGCAUUACUGUAUCACUGUAGUUGUGAUACAGUACAACUAUACCUCUCCACAAACACUCCACAAACACAUGACCACAGACACAAACACCACAGACACAAACAGCACAGAUAUAAACACCACAUUACAAACAUAACUCAAGCACACAUGCAUUACACCUUUUCCUGCCUCCACUGGUGUUUGUGUCAGUGUAGCAACUGUGUCAUCCUUUACGUGUUGCUGCAUUUGGUAAUAUGACUUGCUUCUUAACCUACGUUAACUUCCAUUAGAGCCAUGUGCAAAGUUACAUGGAAGACUGGUACCAUUCUAACAAAUUACACAAGUUGUGAUUACACAGUUUUAUGAAAUUCUUUAUUUGUGAGAAGUCAAUAUUAUCAUCCCAUUGUAAUGUAAAGUGCAUUUAAAUUCACAGAUUAGAUCAUAUGCCAAUUUACUACUACAACAUUUUGCCAAAGACAUGCUAAUACACUCUCAAAAUGCCAAGGCUGCAAGUGUGUCUUCCCAGCGGGCAAAUAUAUUCAAGUAAUAUUAAAUUCACAUAGAACCAACAUUAUCAAUGUUGAUUCAAUGUUACAUCAAUGUAUUUUGCCCAGACUUGCCUGGAGAGGUUAUAAAUAGCAAGAUACACGUGAUGCUGCAAAGACUUUCAAGUGUACUAUAUUUUAAUUAAGAAGAAUAGACUCAGUAGCAGUGCUAUGACUGCAUGUGUAACUUCUUAAAAGAGUCACAACAAUCAUAUUUGAGCCAUUUCCUCCUAUCCUUGAUUCUGCCUUGUGUUUUAGGAUCUUGCUAUAGCCGGCCUUCUCAUCUCAACAUUUUGACCCAUAUUCUACUCUUAUUGCAUUGUCCGUCAUACAUUUGUUUCUUCCUGUUGUGUCUCGUGCCAUGUCCAGAUGUUACCUCUCAUUCUUCACUUGGUCUUAAAUGUUUUUCUAUCCCAACUGCCAUGUAAAACUUACCUUUUUCACCCCAUGUAUAGAGACUAGUUUUGAUACACAUGAUAUAUAAACAUUACUAGACUGUAGUAGACAAAGCGUGAUCAUCAUUAUUAUUAUUCUCUUUAUUUUAGAGCAAAAUACAUUUAUUGUAUGUAAGGACAAUAUUGUGAUUUUAUAGUACAGUACUUAUCUCUCCAUGUAUAUAUAUAUAUAUAUAUAUAUAUAUAUAUAUAUAUAUAUAUAUAUAUAUAUGUGUGUGUGUGUGUGUGUAUACAUACAUAUAACAAACAAAAAUGUAUCAUUGGUUAUUGAAAAACAACCGAGGAAUAAAAAAACACGUAAAGUGGAUUUUUUUUUAUAUAUAUGUACAGUAUUUAACUUUUAAGGAUUGUAUUAGUUACAUAUUGGUGAUAACUAUUUAAAUUUUGUUUCUUUUAUGAGACCUGAAUAUGGGAUCAUUCUGUAUUGUGUCUUUGCUUUUAUAUUAUUUACUUUAAUCAUUUUCUUAUGUUAUGAUUAGCAACAUUUUAUAAGUAA